AUGCCUCGCUUGCUUCCUUCUCCGAUAGCCCCAAACGAUGCUCUCUUCUCAGGCCGGCCUACUCGCUCCGUCGCCUUGACAUUGUACCGGCUGGUUGCCAAGCCCCCGCCCGCCCCUGGUCUGCGCUCGUCCGAAUCGACGUCAUCGCGAUUGUGUUCAUUUCACUUUGAAUGGACCAAAGAGUCAACCUUUGAAACUUGGCGAUUUCUUGACCUAUCGACGCCGAAAACGUUCCAAUCGGCGGCAUCACAACAUUGCGAAAUCUCGACAAUUCGAGGUCAUGGAUACUUGACUUUUCAACGUCUCAACUUUUUGACUUCUCGACGUCUCAACGUCUCGAUUCCUGGGAAUACUUGUCUUUUCGGCGUCGCAACCUUUUGGUUUCUCGACCUCUCUGCGUCUUAA